AUGGUAGCAGGCGUCCUCGGGGAUGUGUUGGCGGCGGUUCAGCAGCACAAUACUGCAUUCCCGGUCACGGGUCACUGGGCCAUGGCGCGCAGUGGCGCGGUGCUGUCAGUCAGGGUCGAGGCAAGGCAGGUGAAGGCGAAGGUGAAGGCAGAGGUGAAGGCAGAGGUGAGGGCAAAGAUGAUGAAGCUGCUGCAGUCACGGGAACUGCGGCCUGGAUAUCUGGAUCGGGGCUGGGGCGCAGGGCCGGGUGGCGUCGAUGCCAUCAAGGUGCGAUAA